CACGCAGGCAACUCAUAUUUCAAAUUAUAACCUAGUUCCUGCACCACUGCUGGCGACCCGUGACCCAUGUCAGAAGUACUUCCAGCUGACUCGGGUGUAGACACUGUGGCAGGGUUUAUGGCCAGCAGCGGAGCCACAGACAUCACAAAUCGAAACAGCCCGGCCACACCACCAAAUACCCUUCAUCUCCGUUCCUCCCACAAUGAACUGUUGAAUGCAGAGAUAAAACACACCGAAACCAAGAACAGCACGCCCCCCAAAUGCAGGAAAAAAUAUGCACUAACUAACAUCCAGGUGGCGAUGGGCCUCUCCGAUCCAGCUGCACAGCCCCUGCUGGGAAACGGCUCUGCCAACAUCAAGCUGGUGAAAAAUGGGGAGAACCAGCUCCGGAAAGCUGCAGAACAAGGACAGCAGGACCCCAACAAAAACGUCAGCCCCACAGCGGUCAUCAACAUAACUUCUGAGAAGUUAGAGGGCAAAGAACCCCACCCACAUGAUUCCUCAGGCUGUGAAAUUUUACCCUCCCAACCCCGGAGAACCAAGAGCUUCCUCAAUUACUAUGCAGACCUGGAAACCUCAGCCAGAGACCUAGAGCAAAACUCGGGCAACCAGCACGGGGCUGUGGAAGAGAAGUCCCAGCCGGGCCAGGGCCCGGCCUCCACCAUCAUUGGGAAUGGUGAGGUGCUGCCGCAGAAACCAAACAAAGCCCAGUUCAGCCCUGAAGAUGGUCAAGUGGCCACAGUGUCAUCCAGCCCAGAGACCAAGAAGGAUCAUCCUAAAACGGGGGCCAAAACCGAUUGCGCGCUACACCGGAUCCAGAACCUGGCACCGAGCGAUGAGGAGUCCAGCUGGACAACACUGUCCCAAGACAGCGCCUCACCCAGUUCCCCAGAUGAAACAGAUAUCUGGAGUGAUCACUCCUUUCAGACUGAUCCAGAUUUGCCGCCUGGCUGGAAGAGAAUCAACGACAUCGCUGGGACCUAUUAUUGGCACAUACCCACAGGGACGACUCAGUGGGAACGCCCCGUCUCCAUCCCAGCCGAUCUUCAUGGUUCUAGGAAAGGGUCACUUAGUUCUGUAACGCCAUCUCCCACCCCAGAGCACGAGGAUUUGCAUGCAGCCACAGUUAACCCGGACCCCAGUUUAAAAGAGUUUGAAGGAGCAACACUCCGCUAUGCAUCUUUGAAACUCAGAAAUGCCCCACGUGCUGAUGAUGAUGAUUCUUGUGGUAUCAAUAGUGACCCCGAAGCCAAGUGUUUUGCUGUGCGCUCUCUGGGAUGGGUGGAAAUGGCAGAGGAGGACCUCGCCCCUGGCAAAAGUAGCGUUGCAGUCAACAACUGUAUCAGGCAGCUUUCUUACUGCAAAAAUGACAUCCGGGACACAGUCGGCAUCUGGGGAGAGGGGAAAGACAUGUACCUUAUCCUGGAGAACGACACGCUCAGCCUGGUGGACCCCAUGGACCGCACCGUGCUCCACUCUCAGCCCAUCGCCAGCAUCCGAGUGUGGGGCGUGGGCCGCGACAAUGGCCGAGAUUUUGCUUAUGUAGCAAGAGACAAAGACACAAGAAUUUUGAAAUGUCAUGUGUUUCGAUGUGACACACCAGCAAAAGCCAUCGCCACAAGUCUCCACGAAAUCUGUUCCAAGAUUAUGGCCGAACGGAAGAAUGCCAAAGCCCUGGCCUGCAGCUCCUUACAGGAAAGAGCCAAUGUGAACCUCGACGUGCCCUUGCAAGUAGAUUUCCCGACACCAAAGACUGAGCUGGUGCAGAGGUUCCACGUGUGGUACUUGGGCAUGUUACCCGUCGACAAACCAGUUGGAAUGGAUACUCUGAACAAUGCCAUAGAAAAUCUUAUGACCUCAUCCAACAAGGAGGAUUGGCCGUCAGUGAACAUGAAUGUGGCCGAUGCUACUGUGACCGUCAUCAGUGAAAAGAAUGAAGAGGAAGUCUUGGUGGAGUGCCGUGUGCGAUUCCUGUCCUUCAUGGGCGUCGGGAAGGAUGUCCAUACGUUUGCCUUCAUCAUGGACACCGGGAACCAACGCUUCGAGUGCCAUGUUUUCUGGUGCGAGCCUAACGCGGGUAACGUGUCGGAGGCCGUGCAGGCCGCCUGCAUGUUACGAUACCAGAAGUGCUUGGUAGCCAGGCCGCCUUCCCAGAAAGUUCGACCACCUCCUCCGCCAGCAGACUCAGUGACCAGACGGGUCACAACCAAUGUAAAACGGGGGGUCUUAUCCCUCAUUGACACUUUGAAACAGAAACGCCCUGUCACAGAGACACCAUAGCUGCGUAUGUUAAAGGAUUCCGGACUACGUCCCUGAAGAUUGAAUAGCUACACUAAAGAAGAUGAACUGAUACCUGGCCUUCCAUUCAGUUGCUGAUGCUUUGUCUUCAGAGAAUUAAUCCUUAACCAAACAGUGUUAGACAAGCAUGUUCUCUCGUCUUGCC